UUGAUCAGUUGAUGAACAUUUUGUUUGGUUUUGGAUUAUUUUUUAUUUUUCUUUUCAAUUAAUUGUUGAUCUUCUAAUUGUUUCUCAUUUUUAAUUAAAUAAUUGUCUCUCUCAAUGUUGGUGUUAAGUAAGAACGUGUAACCCAACAAAGUUAAAAGUCAAAAACGGUGUUGGAAAAUUUUUCUUGUUUCGUUUUUAUUGGAAAAAAUUAUUGAUACAAUUUCUCAUUUUCUUUUUGUUUAAUAUUUAUUUAUAUUUGUAUUUAUAUUCUUUUUAUAUUAUUAUUAUUAUAUUUGUAGAGAUAAUUUUGAUUCUGUGAUUUGAAAAAAAAGAGUAAGUUAAUGACAACUUCAUCUGAGGAUAUUUUACUCCUUGUAAAUGGAGUUCGGCAUAAGAAAAAUGAUGGAACCCUUUACCUGAUGGAAGCUCGGAUCGCCUGGAUGCCCAAUGGUAAAGACAGUUUCACUAUUAGUCAUAAAUAUGCUGAUAUUAAGAUGCAGAAAAUUUCACCGGAAGGUAAAGCUAAAAUACAAUUACAGCUUGUUCUUCAUUCUGGUGAUACAACAACUUACCAUUUUGUCAGCCCUGAAGGUGUUGAUAAACAAUUAAGUGAUCGUGACAUGGUUAAACAAUUAUUACAACAAUUGUUACCCAAAUUUAAAAAGAAAAUUUCCAAAGAAUUAGAGGAGAAAAAUCGUAUUCUUCAAGAGGAUCCAGAUCUGUUUAAUUUAUAUAAAGAUUUGGUUGUUAGCGGUGUUAUCACUAGUGAUGAAUUUUGGACCCAAUUGGCACCAAUUAGAUGUCCACAGUUGAUUAAGACUCUCAAUUUGGCACCAUCAUCAACACCAGAGAAAUCUAAUCUAUUGGUCAACCUUCAUUCCUCCAAUGAACAAACUGUGGGUAUUUCUGCUGCCUUUCUAUCCGAUAUUAAACAACCUGAUGGUUGUAAUGGUUACAAGUACAAUAUAACUACCGAUAUAAUUGAAGCAAUAUUUCGUACAUAUCCAGCGGUUAAAAAGAAACACUUUGAAAAUGUUCCCCAUAAAAUAACUGAGGCUGAAUUUUGGAUAAGAUUCUUUCAAAGUCAUUAUUUCCAUCGUGAUAGAGUUUUAACCGCUUCAUCUAGCUCAUCUAAAGGUGAUCUUUUCGCUGAUUGUGCUAAAUCAGAUGAAAUUGAUAUUAAAAAAGCGGCUAUUAAAGGUGUUAAAGAUCCUUUUGUUGAUAUUACAUAUUUUGAUGAUAUUGAUUAUAUCAACAAGACAAGUGAUCCCAAAGAUGACGAUAAAUCCAACAAAAAGGAUCGAGAUCUAUCCUCGUCAAAUUUACUUAAUGCCAAUCAAGCGUUGAUCAAAAGAUUUAAUUUACAUUCAAUUAUGAUUUUAGAAGCAAGUAAACGUGACUCAACGGGUAAAAUAAGUGCCACCGCUAAUGGUCAUUCAUCACCAGCUACCUCAUCGUCAUCAUCAUCAACAACAACAACAACAAAUCCUCAUGUUAAUGGUGUUGUCAAAGGAAAAAAUAAAGACAAUUCAAAGGAAAAGGAAGGUAGUGAUUUAAUCAACAAUUUAGGUAAAAAUAUCUCUGAUGAGGAGCACGAGGAAAUUGGAAGGAUUAAAAGGCAACGAUUAAAAGAGAAAACUGAAUUAGAAGAUCUUGACUCUGAAUCUUUAUUAGAUUCAUCAACAUGGUUAACAAAAGAAUCAAGAUCGUUAAAAAUAAAUGAUAAGCGACGUUACCUUGAAGGACCAACACCAUUAGCCCAUGAUUCAAGUCAUAAUCAUCAUUAUAACAAUUUAACUCUCUUUCAAUCGGUUUAUCAUCAAGAUGAAAUUUUAAGCAAUUGGCGUUUAUCCUUAAACGGUUCACUCUCCUCACCGGCCGCUAUAACCGCUCUAAGUGCAUUAUCUCCCGGAGGAUCGUACUUUAAAAACACCCACAUCGUUAGCCUUAAAGACGUAAUACCAGAUGAGAUCCAAAGUCAAUUGAAGCAACUUUACUUCUCAUGUAAUGAGUUACUUAGACACUUUUGGGCCUGUUUUCCGGUCACAAAUCCGCUGAUAGAGGAAAAAUUAUGCCAAAUGAAGGCGACAUUAGAAAGAUUCCAAUUUACCAAAGUUCAACCUUUUCAUGAAAAAUUAGUGAAAGACCAUUACGAUUCAGAGCUCACAACUCACCUAUUAAGUCAACUGCAGUUAGCAUAUAACAAAUUCAAUUCAUGGCAACUAAAAAAGUCAGCGUCAAUGCGUAAAUAAGCCAAGAAUCAGCAAUUGAUUGUAAUUAUCAUUGAAAAAAGAAAACCCAAUCAACUAAAUCAACUCAAUGAUGGACUCAUCUCAUUUAUACAAAAAUAAUAUUUGUGUAUUUUUCAUUGACAAUAAUAAAAGAAAAGCAUAAAGUGCA